GAUAUGGUGCGAAUGCUCCAAAUUCAGUGAUUGGACGAUUGUUCAUAGUUGUUUAUAUUCUCUUUGGUAUUCCUCUCUACCUUAUCACAAUAGCUGAUAUGGCAAAGUUCUGUACAGAAGGAAUGAAUCGAACAUACACGGAAGUUUUGAAGUAUAAGUUUCAAAUACAACGUAAAUAUCGACGUUGGAAGAGUGGACGAAAGCGCCGUGAAAGUGUUGCGAUUGGUGAAAUUAUUAUUGCUGGUGGAGACGAUGAGGUUGCUGAAUUUUUGUGGGCACAUUUGGAGAACACCCAUUUUGUGGAAGUACCGUUCGUGCUGAUAUAUUCGGUACUUUUACUCUACGUACUGAUAGCCACCUAUCUUAUGUCGCGCAUUGAAGGAUGGAGUUGUUAUGAUGGCUUUUACUUUGUUAUGACAUCUGUGCUUACGAUUGGAUUUGGAGACUUAAUACCAACGAAUCAAAGAUUCAUUCUAAUAACGCUAUUCAUUAUUUUGGUUGGUUUAGUUUUAAUGACCACAUCAAUUGAUGUCGUUGGUGCAUAUUAUAUCGAUAGGCUGCACUUCUUUGGAAGACGUUUCGAAACACAGGAUCCUUUAGCAUGGCUAAAAGCGGUUCAACAAAAGCGUAUAAGGGCGAUGAAACGUGAAGCGAUGCGGAAACUGUUCGAAACUGUUACUGCUUUACAACAUUUGCAUUUUGGAAAACCUCCUCGACCACCACACAGUCUGACUGCUUCUAAUGCAACUGCUGAAUCUGUUCUACUGAAAUGGGAACCACCAGUGCUUGUGGACGAAAGGAGGAAAUAUUGGUACACACUCACCUAUAAAACCAGCGUGCACCUUAAAUUGAAUCUGUACCCAAAGGGAUGUUUCAGAACACCACAAUUGCGUUACAAUCCAAUGACCGUGAUUGACUUCAUCACCACUCCUUAUUAUGAAGUUCGAAGUUUGCAGUCAUUUACGCUCUAUGAAUUUUCUGUUGUCACAACAACUCGUUACGGUUGCAGUAAAUCCAUCAAAUGUCAAGAAUAUACAGAACCGUGCACUGUGCCUCAGUCAUUGCGUCUGGUAGCGAUCAGCGCUGAAACGGCCACAUUCUCAUGGAAAGCACCGCGGAAGAACAACGGGGCUGAGAGCUAUGUGAUUUUGUUCGCGCAAGAGCCAGCACCACAAUUCCACUACUGGAAAAGAUAUCGAUGCGGCAAGUCGAAAAAAUUCACCAUCACAGAUCUAUCGCCUGACACAAGGUACAUUCAUCUAGAUGAACUGCAAAAGAAUGAUUUUCAUUAUGCGAUUACCAAUUUUGUUUUUCAUUGA